AUGCAACCCAUGCAGAAAAAUGAGAAUGACGAAGAAAUUGUUGGUGUCAGUGACUUGGAUCGGUGGCCAAUUCGUUUGGCAGCCGUUAGAUUUCUUGCUGUCGUGGGAGCGGCAGAAUCGACACAAUCCCUGGAAGAGGUCGUCCUUGCCCGUCGGGUAAUGGCUGCAGGCCAGGUGGAGGAGCGCCCGGUCGGCAUGGCCACAAUUCGGGGUUGGUCAUCAGGUGGUCACCGUCUCACCACCCUCGUUCUUCGGCAGGGUGUUGAACAACCGGAGACUAUGUGGGUUCCUUGGUGGACCGACCUCUUAAUCACGCCUCGUGGGUGGCUAGAGAGCGAUAAGAAUUGCAUUUUUUCUAAAUGCUAUCCGGAAGAAUUGACAGCCAGUAGCCAUUAUCGGGCUGGAUCUCUGCCCCCGGGCGUAUCGCUCGUGGGCCGCUCGAGUCUCUACUGGAGGGCUGAUGAUUCCAUUACCGACCCACUUUCAACGAUAUCCGUGGCGUAUUAUGCGGCCGUUAAGGGCGCUAACUAA